UCGAACAUCACUCAUUUGAACAAGGAGAAGAGAACAAAAUAUAAGGAAACAGUUACACUGUUACACUGUACCUGAUACGCCGCAAUCAUGGCUGCGGAUAAAUACCGUCAAGAUGCGGAAGAUGAUGUAGAAGCUGACGAGGAAAUGGACGAAUCUGACUACAAAACUCAGAAAGACGCCAUAUUAUUUGCCAUUGACGUGAGCAAGUCUAUGCUGGAGGAUCCCGAGCAUAGCAGCUCCAAGAAGGCGGAUAACGACAGUCCUCUCACCGCGGCACUCAAAUGCGCCAACCAAAUCAUGCAGCAGCGCAUCAUUGCGUCGCCAAAAGACAUGAUGGGAAUUUUACUCUUCAAUACGGAACGCACAAAGCUGCGUGACGUUUCCAGUGGCGGAUCUUACCCGCACUGCUACCUUUACUUGGAUCUCGACAUACCCGAAGCAGAGGAUGUCAAGAUGCUCAGGAGCCUGGUUGAGGAGGGUGAAGACCCAGAUGGCGCUCUGGUGCCGUCUGAGGAACCUGCAACUAUGGCAAAUGUGCUAUUUUGUGCCAACCAAACUUUUACAACCAAGGCGCCCAAUUUUGGCUCUCGGCGUCUCUUUAUCAUCACCGACAAUGACGACCCACACUCGGGAGACAAGGCAGCUCGGGCGUCUGCUGCAGUUCGAGCCAAGGACCUUUACGAUCUUGGAGUCAUCAUCGAGCUAUUCCCCAUCAGUAAGGGUGAUAGGAAGUUUGAUUUGGCCAAAUUUUACGAUGACAUCAUUUACCGUGACCCAACCGCAGAAGCAGACGAGAUUAAGCAUGCCAAGUCAGGUGAGGGCCUGAACCUUUUGAGCUCUCUCAUCUCAAACAUCAACUCGAAGCAGACGCCAAAACGUGCUUAUUUCUCCCACCUUCCAUUUGAAGUGGCGCCAGGUUUGACCAUCUCGGUCAAGGGCUACAUCCCGUUGCAUGUCCAAAAGCCAGCACGGACGACGUGGGUACAUACGGCCGGCGAAAAGGCAGAGCUUGCCUUGCCAGAAACGACCAAAAUGGAGGUGUCCGACAGUUCACGGACAGUAGAAAAGUCGGAACUGAAGAAGGCAUACAAAUUUGGAGGAGACUAUAUUCAUCUUACACCCGAAGAGACGGCGCAGCUGAAAGACUGGGGUGGUCAUGUCCUUCGUAUAAUUGGUUUCAAGCCACAAUCAAUGAUUCCAAAAUGGGCAUCGAUCAAGAAGUCGACGUACAUAUUUCCGGCAGAGGAGGAUCAUGUCGGUUCGACCCGCGUGUUUUCGGCUCUGUGGAAAAAGCUGCUCAAGGACGACAAAGUUGGCUUGGCGUGGUUCGUCGCGCGUGUAAACGCUAACCCGGUGCUGGUGGCUAUCAUUCCGUCUAAGAGGCCUUCUGAUGAAGAGUCCGGUACCAAGUUCCUCCCUGCGGGAUUGUGGCUAUACACUCUCCCUUUUGCCGAUGAUCUCCGAGAGACGGACAAGAGGGACAUGAUCAAGGCGCCGGAAGAGCUGACGGCAAAGAUGCGAAAGGUAGUAGGCAACCUCCACUUACCAAAGGGAACCUAUGACCCGGCCAGAUAUCCAAAUCCGGCCUUGCAGUGGCACUACAAGAUCCUACAGGCGCUCGCACUCGACGAGGAGGUGCCUGAACAAGGGGAUGACCCGACCCUGCCCAAGUUCAAGGCCAUCGCGAAGCGCGUGGGUGGCGCCAUCGCCGAGAUCAACGAGGACCUCGAAGAUGCUGCCAGGGUCGCACAGGGACAGCGCGCACUGAAGCGAGAACAUGAUGCAGAUGAAGAGGAUGAGAAGAAACCAGCCAAGAAAUCGAGGAUUGCGGUGGCCACGUCGGCCAAAUCUGGGGCUGCUACGAGUGAUUCACAGCUCAAGGCGGCGCAUCAGCAAGAUAAUCUUGGCAAGAUGACAGUAGCCGAUCUCAAGGCCAUAUUGACCUCCAAGGGCAUCAGUCCUGUGGGAAAGAAGGCUGAGCUGGUUGAGAAGCUGGAGCAGUGGAUCGAGGGUAAUCUGUGAAUGAUCUGGAUGAUGCUGUACGACUGAGAGGAAAAUCGGAAGUUUUCUGAAUUUGUGAAUAUGCGUUUGGGUCUGUGCAGGAUGCAUGUUGGGCGUAGGUGUUUGGUUUGCGAAUUCUAUGGGUCGGUAUGAAUUAGGAAAUUAGGAGGCGUGUAAAACGAGAUAGCUACAGUAGACUAUGUGCUAGUUGUAGUGGAUGGUGAUAAUCCAUAGUCUGUGUAAAUAAGAUUUUCUGAUGGAAAAAA